UGAGCGGUGCGCUGGGCACUAGCCGGUGUGAGCGGAGACGCGAUGGAUGCGCCGCGGGAGGACCGCAAGGGCGAGGCUCCCUGGAGGAAGAUGUCCGGAGAGGAGCUGGAGAAGCAGUACAGCCCCAGCAGAUGGACUGUCCGCCACGGAGCAGAGGAAGCCCUGAGGACCUACUCACAGAUAGGAAGCGAGGCCACCAGGAGGGCCCGGGCCACGCGGAGGAGCCUGCUGGAUGUCCCCUACGGAGCCGGCGAAGGGGAGACACUGGACGUGUACUUUCCCGAGGCGGCGUCCGAAGCCCUGCCGCUCUUCGUGUUCCUUCAUGGAGGAUAUUGGUCUCUCUGCAGUAAAGACGAGUCGGCCUACCUUGCAGGCCCCCUGACUGUGCGGGGAGCGGCGGUGGUGGUAGUGGGUUACACCUUGGCCCCCAAAGGGACCCUGGACCAGAUGGUGGACCAGGUGGCCCGGAGCCUCGCCUUCGUGCAGAAGCGGUUUCCGGACAACGAGGGGAUUUACCUGUGCGGACACUCGGCCGGGGCCCAGCUGGCCGCCAUGAUGCUCCUGGCGAACUGGACCGAGCGGGGAGUCACGCCCAACCUCAAAGCCUGCUUCCUGCUGAGUGGGGUCUACGACCUGGAGCCCAUCGUGCACACCUCUGUGAACGCCCCUCUGCGCCUGACCCCGGAGGGUGCUCGGAGGAACAGCCCACAGUGGCACCUGGAAGCCCUCCCGAAGCCCAGGGGUCCAGCCUGCCCCGUGCUGGUGAUCGUGGGCCAACACGACAGCCCCGAGUUCCACAGGCAGUCCAGGGAGUUUUACCAGGUACCCCAGCAGCCCUCCAUUAUUUUGAAAACAAUCUUCCAAGAGUCCUGA